UAUUAAAUCAAAAAGUGUGAGAAACAUAUUAAAAUGAACCAAUAUUAAUUUUUUUAAAUAAUACUCUUAAAUAAUACUCUUAAAAUGGAGUAAUAGCAUUAAAAUAAGAAUCUUUAUAAAACAUCUUUAUUUCAAUAUCUCGAUAGAGAAGAAAAAAAAAUCUCGAAGAGACUUUGGUCGGAAAUGGCAGAGUACAAAGCUAACUUAGUCCAUCUCCUACAGUCCGUCAAGCAUGAUUCUGGCAAGUCCUACACUCAGAUAGCAGAAGAGACUGGACUCACCAAUGUCUACGUUGCCCAACUCCUUAGGCGCCAAGCUCAGCUCAAGCCCGAAACUGCCCCAAAAUUACAAGCUUCUUUGCCUGACCUUACUCAAGAUCUUAUUCAUCACAUGAUGAAGCCACCCAUGAGGUCUUACGACCCCAAUUUGAUUCAAGAACCCACUGUUUAUAGGUUGAAUGAAGCCAUAAUGCACUUUGGUGAGAGCAUCAAGGAAAUUAUCAAUGAGGAGUUUGGUGAUGGCAUCAUGUCAGCUAUAGACUUCUACUGCUCGGUUGACAAAGUGAAAGGUGUCGAUGGAAAGGACCGUGUUGUUGUGACAAUGGAUGGAAAGUAUUUGCCUUACACCGAGCAGAAGUUGGAGGACAUGGCGUCAAAGUCUCGAACGAGUUAGUUAGCAGCCUCUGGUGUUUUUCAAGUACUUGUGGUUUCCUUCUUUGAUUUUGUAUUGCCAUGAUUCUAAAUGUACUUAUGAUUGUAUGCCUUUUCAUAAAGCCAUAAACAUAUGAAAUAAGGCUAUGAAUAAAGCACAGUUGGUUGUGUAUCAACAUGAGACAACUUGUAAGUAAUACUCUUUUCCAAUUUUUAAAAGAGUAUGCAUAAUAAUAAUACUAAAUUUGACCUGUAA